AUGUUCAAACUGACAGACGGGAAAGGUUAUUUGUUGCCGUUCGAGAACGAAACCAGCGACCAGGAUUACGCACCGCCUUUGGGAACGUUCCAGGUGCACCGAUUGAAAUGGACCAAUUUUCCAGUGGAAGCUAAUGGAAUAUACCAGUGCUACGACGCUAAUAAUUUAAAUAUUCCCGUCAGCAACAUCACAGUCAAUGUCGCUGGUUCAAAGGCUCCAGUAAUAAUCGAUUCAGAGGAUGAAGAAAUUGAUGUGUAUCCAGGAAACGAAUUUUCACUGGAAUGCAGCGACAAUUCAGCAUUUCCAAAGCCCAAAAUCCAGUGGUUCAUGAGAAUUAGGAAAAAACAGGCUGAAGAAAUCCUGGACGACGGACGGAUCAAGUACCACCACAUCAAUACGACGGACGAUGGGCGGAGCAGUGUCCUCACUGUUUCCUACGCUAGCACCGACACCACGUACUGUUGUCGAUUCACCAACUUCAAAGGAUCGGAAGAAAAGUGUUUUAAAGUCAUGAUCCACGGAGUGGGAACCGGAAUCAUUGCUGCUGUUGCAGUGGCGUCCUUUGUCGUCGUUGCCAUUAUUCUACUGGCCCUUUUCCUCAAACGCUACUACAAACAAAAAGUAAAGCAAAUGCACCAAGAAUUGAUUAUUAAUCGUUUAAAGCUGUUGGAUGGCAAUCUGGAAAGAAUUAAUCCUAACUUGCCUAUGGAAGACCAAGUGGACCUUCUGCCUUACGACAAUAAAUACGAAUUCCCCUCCAGUAAUUUGGUUCUUGGGAAACAACUGGGCGCUGGACAGUUUGGUCGUGUCGUUCAAGCUAAAGCCGUGGGAAUGGGCCAGGGGAAUAGCAAAGUCGCUGUGAAAAUGGUCAAGUCUGCGCUGGACAACACUGGGCUGACGUCACUGGCAUCGGAGCUUAAGAUCCUGAUUCAUUUAGGCUCACAUUUAAACGUCGUGAGUCUUCUAGGAGCCUGCACUAAAAAUCUCAUCCAGGGCGAUCUGAUGGUCAUCGUGGAAUUUUGCGCUUAUGGAAACUUGCAGGACUUUCUGAUGACCAAUCGUAGUCAUUUCAUAAACGAACUCGACGCAAAUGGCGAUCCCUCACCUCUCUGUCAACACAAAGCUGAUCCUAAACUGGCGCCUCAAUUAGUUCAAAAUAUCCCCACCAUGAAAUUCGCCUCAUUGGAUAAAAGUGCUGUCAAAUUGACACCAAUUGAAGCUGCCGAUAGUGAUUGCAAUCCCCGAUAUUGGUCGCCCAACUGCAGCAAGAAGGAGGAGCCUCGUAGUCCCGUAGUCUGCACUCGCGACUUGAUUGAAUGGUCCUACCAAAUCGCCUGCGGAAUGAACUACUUGACUAAACGAAAGGUGUUGCACGGAGAUUUGGCGGCCCGAAAUGUUCUGUUGGCUGAUGACAACAUUGUAAAAAUCGCCGAUUUCGGAUUGUCACGCAAAGUCUACAAGAAUUGUAACUACCAGAAACAAGGACAAGAAGCUCUGCCUGUCAAGUGGAUGGCCAUUGAAUCGCUGAUCGAUCGAGUCUUUUCUUCCCAGUCGGAUGUUUGGUCUUUCGGCGUUACCAUUUGGGAACUGUUUUCUCUCAGUAAACAACCCUACCCAGAGGUGAAUGAACUAGCGGAUUUGAUCCGCUUUUUACAAAAUGGCAGGAGGAUGGAGAGACCGGAAUUGAUGCCCAGAGCCAUUGGUGAUGUCAUGGAGGAAUGCUGGAAGCACAACCAGGAAGAGAGAGCGACAUUCGCUCGAUUGGAACACAUUUUGGGCGAGAUGGUCGAUCCAAUCAUCCGCCAACGUUUUGCCGGCGAGGAAGUGAUGAUAGAACAGAACAAUUACUUGAAAAUGAACAAAAAAAUCCGUUUUAAUAAUCCCGAAGCUCAAUCCGAAUAUGAAACGAUGACCAGCAAUGAAAAUCGACAGGUGAUUUCGGUAUUAAAUUGCAGCGAUUGCUGCAGAGUUGGCCGGCAAAACUUGUGUUUGAGUUUUCUAUCCAACAUUUUAUGGUGCAUCGACCGGGAAAGCCUUCCCAUCGUGCUUGCCGUCAUUUCAUCGUCAUCACCAGCCUGGUAA